AGUUUUUAAAGACAAUUCCGUCCAGAUCAUUUUCCAGGAAUAAUUCCUUUAGUUGGGUUUUCAUUGCCAACGUGUACACUUUGGUGAUUGCCAAUAUGUACUACCUAAAUAAAACCACUUUUUCAAAGACCUUGCAAAGGGUGUCUUCAGAGGACAAAAACUUAACGUGGAUGGUCCCUCAAAGCUCUGCUUCCGAGCUGGAAAUCUGAACUUGUCAUUCGAUCCUACACGGAACCUAUUUUCUUUUUGAUGGAGCUCCGGGAAGCAUAGGACCAUAAUCUUCAUGAGUGAAGCCAUAUUUGCUGUGUGGACUAGUCAUUCAUCAGUUAUUCAGUGAUAGCAGCGUCUGGGUUUCUCCAGUAAAGGGAAUAGAUAUGUUAUAAUCUACAGUUUCCAUUUAGUUCCCCUUAUGAUCAACGCUUGAAUUCCAACUCUAAAGAGUAUAUUUCUAUUUGAUCCUGAAGCAUAUGCCAAAAGAACUCACCAAGACUGCAAACAAAUUCUUCCAAGUGCGCCUCCGCUUCCAGUGACUUCAUAGAAAACAUCUGCGUGUUAUUUGAAAAUUAAUCCUUUUCCAUCUGUGUAUCCUGUGUUUUGGACUCCCUUUCCUUCCCAAAUAUCCUGAAUUCAAGGUAUCUAAACUCAUGGAGCAGUUGUCCAGAGGAGGAGAAGCAACCGCCCCUCCCCCAACCCCUGGGAGCAGACAGGAAAAGAAUUAUCCUAAGGAAUUGUUUAAAAACCCAGACGCAACAGAAAGAAAUAAAACCAUGGCUGCAUACGUUGAUGUCCCAGGGGUCCAACAUUUAACCUCAUAUGGGCAAUAAUUUGUUUAGCAUUAAACUAAACCAGUUUGAUGAACUCAAAUGCCCUCGGCUCAAUAGACAGGACUCUCAGAGGAGCCUGUGUUACUUCCCUCACUUAAGUGCAGAUUUGUAAUAAAAAUCCUAAUGCCAGUUACAUGCUUUUUGGACCUAUAAGAACCUAACCACUUGGAGAAUCAUAUUUGAGAGGUCAGAAAACUCCACAGUUAAAGAUCAGUUUAUAAUUUACGAAGAAAAUAGAAAGUUUUGUUUCUCUGAGUUGAAAUUUGACAAGCACGGCGGGAAAUAUUGCUGGGUUUUGGCAUAAGGUUUUGUGCUUUCCUCAUAAUUUGAGACCUGAGUGAAGCCUGAGACUUCGGGGAUCAUUUUCUGGGAAAAAUCGGGCAAUUCAGUGCAGAGAAUUUUGAUAUUUUUGGCAUUUUUUGAGGUGUAACAAACACAACUCGGGAUCCGAGAGGACACUCUGAGGCUGCCAGCGAGGCGGGCUGGACAGCGCACCAAUCACGGCGCAGCUCCGCCCUAUAUAAACGGGCGGGCGCAGCGGCGCGGCCCGAGUCCCGGCCAGUGCCUCUGCUUCCGGCUCGAAUUGCUUUCCCAACAAUCGCCUUCAACAUGUCCGAGACUGCGCCCGCCGCGCCUGCUGCACCGGCCCCUGCCGAGAAGACGCCGGUGAAAAAGAAGGCCCGUAAGGCUGCAGGUGCCGCAAAGCGCAAAGCGUCUGGGCCCCCGGUGUCCGAGCUCAUCACCAAGGCUGUCGCCGCCUCCAAGGAGCGCAGCGGCGUGUCUCUGGCUGCGCUCAAGAAGGCGCUGGCGGCCGCGGGCUACGAUGUAGAGAAGAAUAACAGUCGGAUCAAGCUGGGUCUCAAGAGCUUGGUGAGCAAGGGCACUCUGGUACAGACCAAGGGCACCGGCGCCUCGGGUUCUUUCAAGCUGAACAGGAAGGCGGCCACCGGGGAGGCUAAACCCAAAGCCAAGAAGGCGGGCGCGGCCAAGCCCAAGAAGCCCGCAGGAGGGGCUAAGAAGCCUAAGAAGGCGACGGGGGCGGCCACCCCCAAGAAGAGCGCCAAGAAGACCCCAAAGAAGGCGAAGAAGCCUGCCGCGGCUGCAGGAGCCAAAAAAGCAAAGAGUCCGAAAAAAGCGAAAGCAGCCAAGCCGAAGAAGGCGCCCAAGAGCCCAGCGAAAGCUAAGGCGGUGAAGCCCAAGGCGGCUAAACCAAAGACCGCCAAACCUAAGGCAGCCAAGCCAAAGAAGGCGGCAGCCAAGAAGAAAUAGGAAGUUGCUUUGGCCUAAGGCUUAGAAGCUCGACACAACCCAAAGGCUCUUUUCAGAG